CGAACUGUCAAAUCUAACUUUUUAUCCACGGGGCACUAAUCGAACUGUCAAAUUUUAACUAAAAGUGAAAUGGUUCGCAGUUUUAUUGCAAUUUAGAGCAAAAAGUAUCUUGAAGAAAAACAGAAACGAUAGUGAUAAUUCUUCACUAAAAAUGAGUGUUACAAAAGGAAAGCAAGCUACUAAAGGAAGUAAACAGAUAGUUGAGGAGAACAUUGCAACUCUAAAAUUUUAUAGAAAUAUGGCAUGUGGCGCAACGGCAAUCAAUAUAUUGGUUAAUUGCGUGUUUUUUGAACCAUUGGCUGGACUCCAACUGGUUAUGAUCAUGCUGACGGCAGCCGUUCAUUUGGGAAGUUACUAUUUUAUGGCUAUGAUGAGUAAACCUAAAUAUUCUGAUUCAGGAAGCCUUCUUGAUGCUGGAAGUGAUCUAAAUAUGGAAGGAGGUGUUGCAGAGCACGUCAAAGACAUCAUUAUUCUAACAACAGGUUCUCAGUUACUGUCAUUAAUUUCAACCUACUUCUGGUUGUUAUUACUACUGGGACCCCUGCGUGCAUUUUGGCUCCUAUGGAAUUCCAUGAUCAAACCAUGGCUCCUCCAAAAAGAAGAAGAAGAAACUGCAACAAAUGAGAAAAAAAGACCUGAAAGAAAAGUCAAACGUGUAAGAUAGAUGUAAAUCAAUAAAAAAUAUCAGUCUUCAUACCAAAAUAAAUGUCGAAUCCUGGAACCUUCGGGACUUGCAUCAAUUUUCAUAACACGA